CAACCAUUUUACAUGAGCACAGCGUAGCAUUGUGGUAGGUCAACAUCUCCUUACCAUACACCAAGCUUCCAUUUAUAUAACUAGGGUGUUUGUGGUAUUAUCCGAGAAAUUACGCCAGGCAGGAGCAGUGGCAGAGUAAAGAUAUAGUUAUGGAUCUUGACACUCUGUUCGAUGCUGCCAUGGCCGGAGAUGCUGAUGCCACCGCCAAAUUGGAGAUGGAAGCUGAUACACUCUCCGAAUUUUAUGAUAAAACUAUCCUUCACCUGGAAUCAGAGAAGGGAAAUACAGAACGUGUCAGAUUUAUUUUGAGGGAAUUUCCACACAAAAAUCUUUUGGGCAAGCGUACUAUAUUUAAGGAAACAGCACUUCAGUUGGCUAUAUGUUUUGGACAAACUGAAGUGGCCGAAGUCCUCAUUGAUGCAGCUAGCCAUUUGCCGCCUCCUUCAGAUGAUGAUGAUAAUCCUAAACUUACUUCUUUUCAAGUUUUUCUCAGGCAAGCUUUUGAUGGUUCGGCCACCGCCUUACAUGUAGCAGUCAGGGAAGGAAACCUAGCUAUUGUUAGGCUAUUAGUAGAGGCCGACCCGACUGAUACACAUAUUCAAAACUCGAGUGGUGAAACACCCAUGUACAUAGCUGUGGAGAAAGGGUUCAAGGAUAUAGCAGACAUCAUCUCUACAACUUGCACUGCUCCAUCUUUGCUAGGACCUCAUUGUAGUGCUGUUGGGCGUAUUAAAAAUGUGGACCAAGCUAAGAGCCCUGGUGGAAACCUCUACAAGAUUAUGGAUAAAGAUGCUCUGUAUGCGGCUGCCAUUGCUAGAGAUGCUGAUGCCAUAGCUUCAUUGGAGAUGCAUGCUGAUAAACUGAACGACAAAAGAGAAACUAUCCUUCACACAGAGUCCGAAAAUGGAAAUACAGAACAUGUGCAAUUUAUAUUAAGGGAUUUUGCAGACAAAAACCUUCUGGUCAAGCUUAACAAUUCUAAACAGACUGCACUUCACUUGGCUUCGUAUAGAGGACACACAGAAGUGGCUCAGAUCCUCACUAAUGCUGCUAGAAAUUUGCUGCCUCCUUCUCCAAAUGAUGAUAAUCCUGUUACUUCAUUCCAAUCUUUCCUUAGGCAAGCUGAUAAUAAUAAGGAGACUGCCUUACAUGUAGCAGUUAAGAAGGGUAAUGUGGACCUUGUUAAGCUUUUAGUAGAGGCUGAUACAAGUGAUAAACAUAUUCAAAAUAAUGAAGGAAAAACGCCAAUGUACAUAGCUGUGGCAAAAGGGUUGAAUGGUAUAGCAGAGGUAAUCUCUACAACUUGCAUUUCUCCAUCUUUGCUCGGACCUCAUUGUAGUACCGUUGUGCGUGACAAGAAUUUCGACCAAGGUGGAACCCUCUAUAAAAUUAUGCAGAAAGAUGCUCUGUAUGCGGCUGCCAUUGCGGGAGAUGCUGAUGCCACAGCUGCAUUGGAGAUGCAUGCUCAUAAACUGAACAAAUACUAUGAAGAAACUGUCCUUCACACUGAAUCCAAAAUGGGAAAUACAGAACAUGUGCAAUUUAUAUUAAGGGAGUUUGCAGACAAAAACCUUCUUGUCAAGCUUAACAGAUAUGAACAGACUGCCCUUCACUUGGCUUCGUCUCAAGGACACACAAAAGUGGCUGAGGUCCUCAUUAAUGCUGCUGGAAAGUUGUUGCCUCCUCCUUUUGAUGAUGAUAAUGCAGUUACUUCAUUCCAAGCCUUUCUUAGGCAAGCUGAUAAUGAGAUGGAGGCCGAUCCAAGUGAUUCACAUAUUCAAAAUUAUAAAGGGGAAACGCCACUCUACAUAGCUGUGGAAAGUGGGUACUAUGAUAUAGUGAAGAUGAUUUGUACAACUUGCACUGCUCCACUUAAUUUGGAUGCUCCUGGUGGUAGUACCACUGUUUUACAUUCUCUUAUCAACAAUGCCGACCCAGAAAUAAUUUAAGGAGAGGCGCACCUUGGGAGAUCGAAGGCCACACUUCGUCCAAGGAGAAUCAGGGAAUACAGUAGAAGACGUGGAUUUGAAUCGCUUGCGCCGUAGCGAUUAAAGUUAAUAUUCUGUUCGAACUUUUAAUUAGUAUCAUAAAACGCAGGGUCAAGGUCCGAUUGUUCCUACAAUGAUAUCAGAGCGAAGUUGCGGUUCUUCGAUUUAUGAUAUGUAGUCCAUGUCAUGAUUAUAUAUGCAUGUAUGUAGUGGUUCUGUGAUGCAUGUUGUUGUCCACUAUUAUGGCCGUGUUUUAAUUCUGUUAUGUUUGGAUUCCACGUGGUUUAUCGUGGCUGUUGUAAAUCACGAGGGUUGAUCGUGAUAGUUUAAUCUUGUAAUUUAAUUUGUAAUUGUUUUAGAUUAGGAUCUGAUGUAAUAGAAUAGGCUGGUUCGUCUGUACAAUUUGUAUGUAAUUAUUUGAUCAACGGGGCUGCAAGAAACAGAGAUCUUCCGCUGCUGCGAUUUGAUUUCGGGGGUGCUGCAUUGUUUUGGCCGUAACUUUUGCAUACGAUGUCCGAUUUGGGCGAACCUAGCUACAACCUGGAAAAGCCCGGUUGAGAUGUUUUCGAGGCUGUUUUUGGAAUUUUUCGAGGCAUUCUGAGGCCGUUUAGGCCUCCAAACGGGCUCUCGAAGUUUUCUGGAAUCUUUCGAAGGAUGAGUUCGAAGCUGUUUUUCCGGGGGCCAUAAUAGUGGAUGUUUUCAAUUAUGAUUUACAUAAUCCUUGAUUAUUGUUAUUAUGUGUUUCUUGUCUGUGUUUUUAUGCCAUGUGAUACUAACCCUUCGCAUGCUAGAAUGACAUGGACAUAGGGAUGUUUUUUCAUUAAUGCUUUAAUCAUGAUGGUAUGC